AUGCUGCAAGCAUCUGAACUCACAGAACUCACACGCUUCGCCUUCCUCCGCACGAAGCGCGGCAUCGCCAUCUUAGUCGUCGUCGGCCUCGUCAUUAUCGGCGGCGGCCUAGCGGGGUUGGCUGCGCUGCGUAAUCGUGACGGGGGAGGCGGCGAGUCUGCGCCGUGGACGGGUGAUGACGAGGGCAUGGUCACGGAUGAUGCGUGGUUUUAUGGCCAGUCGCCGGCGGUUUAUCCUUCGCCGAAUAUCACGGGUGGAGGGCAGUGGGCUGAUGCGGCUGGGAAGGCAAGGGAGUUGGUGGGGAGAAUGACGCUUGAGGAAAAGGUUAGUUUGACUGCCGGCGCUAGCUCCAACACUAGCUGUCCGGGGUUCAUUCCGGCUGUCCCACGCCUUGGAUUCCCUGGCAUGUGUCUGGGCGAUGCAGGCAAUGGACUUCGCGGGACGGACUUCGUCAGUACGUGGCCGAGCGGCAUCCAUGUCGGUGCCAGCUGGAACAAGGUGCUCGCUCGCCAGCGGGGGUUCGGUAUGGGGGGCGAGUUCAAAACCAAGGGCGUGAAUGUGCUGCUUGGGCCUGUCAUUGGGCCCGCCGGUCGCGUUGUCUUGAACGGCAGGAACUGGGAAGGCUUUUCAAGCGACCCCUAUCUAUCAGGAGCUCUGGCCCACGAAACGGUUACGGCAGUGCAAGCUGCUGGGGUUAUUACGAGUACCAAGCACUUUAUCGCCAAUGAACAAGAAACAAACCGGAACCCAUCUAACGAUGUCGAGUCGGUAUCAUCUAACAUUGAUGACAGAACGAUGCACGAAUUUUACCUUUGCAAGUCGCUGAAUGGUCAUCUUAAAACCGAACUUGGUUUUCAAGGCUGGGUCGUUAGCGAUUGGGGCGCCCAGCACACUGGAACAGCCGCAGCUCUAGCAGGCAUGGACGUUGCUAUGCCAAACGGAAACGGUUUCUGGGGUAAUACAUGGCUCCUUAACCUUCCGGUGCCCCAGACUAACAACAACAGGACCCUCGCAACCUGGUACCUCAUGGGUCAAGACCAGGACUUCCCGCAACCCGGCGUCGGCAUGGCCGCGGAUCUUACCCGACCUCACAAAAUAGUUGAUGCUAGAAACUCAAGUUUUCGGUCAACACUUCUCGAUGGCGCAGUCGAAGGGCACGUUCUCGUAAAGAACAUUCGGAACGCGUUGCCCCUGAAAGAGCCGAAGAUGCUGUCUAUUUUUGGUUACUCGGCCAAGAACCCCGACCACAACAACCCCAUGCCCGGCCUCUCCCCAUGGCUCUGGGGCGCCGAGUCGUUCAACUACACCGAGUUCGCCGUCAGGUUCUUUGGCUCCACCGGAGAACACAGCUCCACGCCCAUCGCCUUCAAUGGUACCAUCUACUCUGGUGGCGGUUCGGGGGCGACCUCACAGUCCGCCACCGUCUCUCCCUUUGACGCGCUUGUCCAGCGGGCGUACGAUGACGGCACCGCCCUUUUCUGGGACCUCGUUAAUGGCACCCCUUUCGUCAACCCCAUGUCGGACGCCUGCUUGGUGUUUGGAAACGCCUACGCCACCGAGGCCGCCGACCGCCCGGGACUGUACGAUGAUUACACCGAUGAACUGAUUAAACACGUCGCUGACCGAUGCGGCAACACGGUCGUCGUCCUCCACAAUGCGGGCACUCGCUUGGUGGACCAGUUCGUCGACCAUCCCAACGUCACAGCCCUCAUCUUUGCCCAUCUUCCUGGCGAAGCCUCGGGUCGCGCGGUCGUAUCGCUGCUGUAUGGAGAGUCGAACCCGUCGGGGAAGCUGCCGUACACCGUCGCGAGGAAUGAAACCGACUAUGCCGUACUCGGCCCGGAUGUGGCAGGGGAGUGGGAUAGGUUUGCGCGGUUCCCGCAGAGCAAUUUCACCGAGGGCGUGUUUCUCGACUAUCGGCACUUCGACGCAAAGAAUAUCAAGCCCAGAUAUGAGUUCGGUUUCGGGCUAAGCUACACCACGUUUGGGUAUGACAACCUAGUUGUCGAGAAGGUGGCUGAGGGCAAGUUCGGGGAGUAUCCCACGGGACAAGUCGUCCAGGGCGGGCAGGAAGAUCUGUGGGACGUUUUGGUCGAGGUCUCGGCCGAUGUCACCAACACCGGGAAGGUCGACGGGGCCGAGGUCGCGCAGCUGUAUGUGGGAAUCCCGGCCGAGGGCGCCCCCGUGCGGCAGCUGAGGGGGUUUGAGAAACCGUUUCUCAACGCGUCGGCGACGGAGACGGUCCGGUUUGGGCUCACGAGGAGAGACUUGAGCGUGUGGGACGUGGUGGCGCAGAAGUGGCGGCUGGUUAGGGGGGAGUACAAGGUGGAGGUGGGUGGGAGCAGUCGGGAUUUGCCGCUCGUUGGGACGGUUACGAUUUGA